CAAUGAUCUGUAUGCGUCCCAUAGCACUGUAUAUUCGAUUCUGAAAUAGAGUGUACGGCUAGGGGGAGGUGUCGCGCAGUGUCUGGGACCAGGAAGCGCUCUUACAGAAAUAGUAUCGCGCACAGUGUCUUGCGCCAAAGACAGAGCUGCUGGUUUCAAAAACCCGUGGUGUUACGAAUCUCUCCGUGGUUCUGUGAGCGGUUGUAGGUAGAGCGUAGUUGCCCCCUCACUGGACUCCUUGUUAUAUUGAUUUAUUUUUGUUUGGAGCAAAUAUAGCUUCCACUUAAAGACGGGAAUAAGGGUGACUAUCUGGAGAAAGAUAUUGUAGAAAGAAGAAGAUUUUCUUUUCCCAUCUAGUCCACAUCACCAUGGCUUCAACAACCUGUACCAGGUUUACUGACGAAUAUCAACUUUACGAGGAGCUUGGGAAGGGCGCGUUCUCUGUGGUGAGGAGAUGCAUGAAGAUCUCCUCUGGACAGGAGUAUGCUGCCAAAAUAAUCAACACCAAGAAGCUCUCGGCUAGGGAUCACCAGAAGCUGGAGCGCGAGGCUCGGAUCUGUCGCCUGCUGAAGCACCACAACAUCGUGAGACUCCACGACAGCAUAUCGGAGGAGGGCUUCCACUACCUAGUCUUUGAUUUAGUCACUGGUGGGGAGCUGUUCGAGGACAUUGUGGCCAGAGAAUACUACAGUGAAGCUGAUGCAAGUCACUGUAUUCAGCAGAUUCUAGAAAGUGUUAAUCAUUGUCAUCUAAAUGGCAUAGUGCACAGGGACCUGAAGCCAGAGAAUUUGCUUCUGGCCAGUAAGCUGAAAGGGGCUGCCGUGAAGCUGGCGGACUUUGGGCUAGCCAUUGAAGUCCAGGGCGAUCAGCAGGCCUGGUUCGGGUUCGCUGGGACUCCGGGUUACCUGUCUCCAGAGGUCCUGAGGAAAGACCCGUAUGGAAAACCGGUGGACAUGUGGGCCUGUGGCGUGAUCCUCUACAUCCUGCUGGUGGGGUACCCGCCUUUCUGGGACGAGGACCAGCACAGGCUCUAUCAGCAGAUCAAGGCCGGAGCUUACGAUUUUCCUUCUCCUGAGUGGGACACGGUGACCCCUGAGGCCAAAGACCUGAUCAACAAGAUGUUGACCAUCAACCCAGUGAAGCGCAUCACUGCCACAGAGGCCCUGAAGCACCCCUGGAUCUGCCAACGGUCCACAGUGGCCUCCAUGAUGCAUAGGCAGGAGACUGUGGAGUGCUUGAAGAAGUUCAACGCCAGGAGAAAACUCAAGGGGGCUAUCCUGACCACCAUGCUGGCUACACGAAACUUCUCAGCAGCCAGAAGUUUGCUGAACAAGAAGCCUGAUGGUGUGAAGAUUAACAACAAAGCCAACGUAGUAACCAGCCCCAGAGAGCCUGUCCCCACUCCUGCACUGGAACCUCAAACCACUGUUAUCCACAACCCCACUGAUGGAAACAAGGAGUCCUUAGAGAGUGCUAACACCACCAUUGAGGAUGAAGAUGUGAAAGCUCGUAAGCAGGAGAUCAUUAAAGUCACAGAGCAGCUGAUAGAGGCCAUCAACAAUGGAGACUUUGAAGCCUACACGAAGAUCUGUGACCCAGGCCUUACCUCUUUCGAACCCGAGGCCUUAGGCAACCUGGUGGAAGGGACCGAUUUCCACAGGUUCUACUUUGAGAACGCCCUGUCCAAGGGGAACAAGCCCAUCCACACCAUCCUGCUGAACCCGCACGUUCACCUGAUCGGCGAGGACGCCGCCUGCAUCGCCUACAUCCGGCUGACGCAGUACAUGGACGGCAGCAGCAUGCCCCGGACCAUGCAGUCCGAGGAGACCCGCGUCUGGCACCGCCGCGACGGCAAGUGGCAGAACAUCCACUUCCACCGCUCCGGCUCGCCCACCGUACCAUCCAAGUAAGCUGAGAGGAAUCUUCAGCAUAGAGCGACUCAAGCGAAGACUUUGUGUCUGCUGACUCCUGCCUACCUAUCUGGCGUCUGCCAUGUCCACCACCCCUCCCAAUCACGCCUCUCCCAACUCCGCCCAUCUGACCCCAGAUUGUUGUUUACACAUCACCGCUGGUUGAGAAGCCAGCAGAAAAUCAUGACGCUGCCAUUCUUAAUGUUCACCCCGAAUCCACCCUUUUUGUGUCAUUGUGCGACGCUUUACAUGGUCCACUACAUGACUGGAUGUUUAUCAGAGUUGUGUCUUUUUAAUUUCUUUUAUUAUUUUUAAGGCUUUUCUCUUAUUUUUUUUGGUAAGUUGAAUACAUUGUUUUUUUUUUUUAUUCAUACUUAGGCAAAUGCAUAACCACCAGAGCCACUGAGGAUAUGUGAAGUGUUAAAUCACAGUUCCUGUUCAUUGUUGAAUGUCAACAAUAUGGUAAAAAAUCAUUCUCUUCCCUCAUUUAAUCUCAUCUGAAAACAGAACAGUCACCCCUGGUGACUUUUCUGAACCAAGAUCACAUAUAGAUAAGAGUAUUCUUCUUUGAUUAGAAGCAACCGUGUCAAAUUCACUUGCAUCAAUGCACAAGCUGGACCAGAUUGUUCUUCAUCGAUCAGAAUGAUCGGUUUCAAAAAGAAAACUUUAUCGAUCAGGGUUAUCUCUGUGGCGUGAUACCAAGGCAGUUUGCUUACUUGUGUCAUUUCACAGUGAUCUGAAUUUACUUCUGUUAUUUGUAUGUGUCAGUUUGAGUGCAAUAUGACAAAUACAGAUUUUUAAGAGAAAAUAAAAAAAAGAGCUUGCUUAUGUGCUGGUGAUGUACAGAUUUUGUGAUUGAAGUAAACUGCUACUCUUGCUUACACUUGGAGUAUUACCAGUUUCAUGUUGACCAGCUGUUUUCUGUUUGCUCUUAACUGGUGUAUCAAGUUUACCUGGACUAUUACAAAAGAAAAAAAUAUAUAUUCUUCAAUGUUAAGAAAGAGUAAACAAGAAGCAUACAUUUUGCUAUAAUAUAUACUGUACGUGUUUGCCUAUACAUUAUCACAUUAAAUACUAUUUCUCAAAUGUUUUAAUGAUAAUAGAAUGUAACAUAUGAAUAUAUACAUAUACAUAUAGCCAUAGUUUGGCACAUGGAAAGGUGUUUUAAGUCAGACCAAGAUAUUUAUCUUUUUGGUAAUUGUGAACUUUAUUGGUUGUUGAUUUGCUUUUUUCACUUUGGUAAAUUUAAUUCUGUUUGGGUUUUAUUAUUAUUUUUUAACACUGUGUAAUUGAUUGGUUUUCCUAAUCAUAUGUGAUCCAUUUACUUUGGCCCUUCGUUAUUGAUUGAGUUUGUCUGGGGAUACGCUUUGUGCAGCAGCGAAGUAUAAAAUUCCAAUGCAUGAUCCCCUUUUGACCCCUUACCCCCCCAGCCGAAAAAACAUAACCCUAUAGCCCACCCCCUCCUAACAAGCACCUUUGGCUAAUCCUUUGUAUAAUGUGGACCUCUGUGUUCGUUAUUUGAUUUAAGGCGAUGUUGUUAAUGAUGACUUUGAUGUUUUAUAUUUGGGGGAAAAGGUAUAGUUAUUGAGUCCAAUGGAAUCACUCAGUUUGAAUCAUUUUUUGUAGGUAGUGCUUUGCUUAAAUAUGAGUGUGUCGAGCCAUGUCAUUUUGCCAAUAAAGUUGUGUGGAGAUAAGGGGUUAAAAAGCAUUAAGAUAAUUCGUUUUUUUUCCCUGUAAAUUGCUGGUGUGACAUCAUUGUUGUUUAUUAAACAAGACUAAUUAGAUGUGGCAUUUGGCAUUUUUAAUAUCUAAGAUGGAAUAUAUAUUGUAGAAUAUGUCAAGUUGGUCUUCCACAAGGAUUUCUUAGGAACUUGAUGCCUGUACUGUCUUCAUUAUGAUGGCACAAUAAAGUUAUUGUUCUCUCAAAAAACAUUUUUCCCCCUCUUCUAAGUUUUGGAUAACAGCAGUGCACCAUUGGGCAUGGUGUAUAUAGAACAUGCCAUUAAAGGACUGAUUGAUAUAUUUAAGAAAUGAUAAUAAAAUGUGUGAAUUUUGCUGA